GGAAGAGAGGGAGACACUGGGGAAAAAAAGUUUUUGUUCUUUUCCUUUUUUUUUCCUCCUCUCAUCGCCUCCCCCCGUUCUAACCGGGCAACAUGGACCAGGGCCCCAGGAGUCCUGCACUGCGGCUCGGGAGAGCAGGACACGGCGGGGUGAACCAGCUCGGAGGCGUGUUUGUAAACGGCAGGCCCCUCCCGGACGUGGUCAGGCAGCGAAUAGUGGAACUGGCCCACCAAGGGGUCCGGCCCUGCGACAUCUCGCGCCAGCUGCGAGUCAGCCACGGGUGUGUCAGCAAGAUACUGGGCAGGUACUACGAGACGGGCAGCAUCCGCCCCGGGGUGAUCGGGGGAUCCAAACCAAAGGUUGCUACUCCCAAAGUGGUCGACAAGAUCGCCGAUUACAAACGCCAAAACCCCACCAUGUUUGCCUGGGAGAUCCGGGACCGGCUGCUGGCCGAGAGAGUCUGCGACAACGACAGCGUCCCCAGCGUCAGCUCCAUCAACAGGAUCAUUCGGACAAAGGUGCAGCAGCCGCCCGGCCAAACCGGCUCAGUGUCGGCUCACAACUUAGCGACGUCCGUGGCGGCCACACAAGUUUCAGCAGUGACCAGCGACUCAGCGGGCUCGUCAUACUCCAUCAGUGGCAUUCUGGGUAUCAGCUCAGCCGCCGACGUGGGCAAGAGGAAGAGGGACGAAGGUUUGCAGGAGUCACCGCUGGCCAACGGGCACGGCCACAGUGGGCGGGACUUCCUCAGGAAGCAGAUGAGAGGGGAGCUGUUCUCGCCACAGCAGAUCGAGGUAUUGGACCGCCUGUUUGACAGACCCUGUCCAGUCCAGUCCGGCUAUGACCUCUAUUUGAGCCCUGACUCUGGCAAGACGUCAGAUUAUGCCAUGGCCUCGCUAGCCGGCGGACUGGACGAGAUGAAAAACAGCUUGGUCAAUCCCGGCGCAGGGGCGGAGUUAGGAGCCAGCGUAUCGGGUCCACAGUCCUACUCACUCGUUCCAGGUCGAGACCUCGCCAGCACCACUCUGCCAGGCUACCCUCCACAUGUUCCUCCAACCGGACAGGGCAGCUACUCCACCCCCUCCCUCACUGGCAUGGUACCUGGGGGAGAUUUUUCCGGAAGUCCGUAUUCCCAUCCCCAGUAUUCCACAUACAACGAAUCCUGGAGAUUUCCCAACCCCAGUUUAUUAGUGUUCCAGCAGGAUUAUGGGUCUAUCCUGGGGACUGAAAUCGGCUGCUCCUCCAGUCUCUUCACCAGCCAGGCAGGACAGAUGCAAGGGUCACCGUACUACUACAGUGCAACAUCACGAGGGGCGGGCCCUGCUGCCACUGCAACAGCCUCCGCCUACGACCGCCACUGACCCCUUCUACUAAGAGAAUAGGAGUACGAGGAGAUGAGGGGAUGGGGGGGGGGGGGGGCAAGGGGACGGAUAGCACCAGCACUGCACAGUACAAACCUGCCUACGCACGGACGACAAUGAGGACGAAGAUUUCAAAUUUUUGACGUCAGUGAGGUUUGAAUUUUCUUUGACUGACACUUAAGCGGACAAACGCACUGCUGGGCUGAAGACACGCUGUAUGAGUAUUACAUUACUGUGAGGACACAGGCUUGACAAUAUCAAUUACUUAUAUGAGUUAUAGGACUGGUCAGAAGCAGGUGAUUUUGGACCCUCCCAUGAUAAAUCAAGGCUUGGUAUUCCUAUCUUCACUUUAACCAAUCGUCUACAAAUCCGAGAAGUCAGUGGACUAAGCGGUGACUGAAACUGUGUUGUGAUCUUCAGUGGUAAAAUGUUGCGUUUUCAGGUUGGAAAAACCUUCUUUGGAGGAAAUUAUUUGAGUGGAUUCGAGCAAAAUAACUUCUUUUUUUAUGCCCCGACAUCAAUCAAUCAAUUUUCUAUGCCAUGCUACGGUGAAGUAAAGACAAUCCAACUCUCAUAACUAUGAAUGACCAAAAUCACCCGUAUCAUUACCAUUCUAGUCUCUCUGCUGUAGAUGCAACACAUUUCUUCUGGGAUCACAACGCUGGAUUAAUGGGAUACCGCCAUUUUCAAUUGGGAGUGUUCAGUUUCACAACUGACCAUUCGCUAAGCUCCGCCCCCACAAGUUACAGUUGGUAAGCCUGUCAAACUUUCUGUUAUCUACUUUGAUACAAAGGAUCCUUUAGGACAGAAGUAGACAGCCAGCAACCAUCUAUUUGGCGGACUAAAAAACAGCCGCAAACGUUUAAUCUAUCAUUACCACCUUUGCUCUUAUGUUUUUGGAUUUGAAAAAAAGGCUAUAAAAUAAGUAGUAUCUCCCCUACUACAGCCCCCAUGCACAGUGCCUCAACAUGAGGAGUAAUCCAAAGCUUGACUGGAUGGCCGUGCUUAGUUACGGUCGUCGAGCUACAAUUGGAUAAAUCGCUGUACCGGGGCUGAGCUUCAGUCGGACGUUCAAUCCCAGUGGUUGUAGCCAGAUCCCAGUGUGUAUCAGAGGACGUCCACGCUUUCACGCAUUCAAAGCGGCCAUGAUUGCCACUGACUGACGGACAGGCCUUUCAGCAAAAGCACAGACUAAAAUCUGAGCCCUCUACUGUCGAAUGGACAGUGAACACAUUCACAUCAGACCAAAAUAAAAACCCCACGGGGGAUGGGGUCGUCGUUCAGGAAGGUGCUAUCCCACCUCCCAUGCCAAGACGUAGUCCGGAUCAAGAGCUAUUUAUAAUGGGAGGAGACACAGAGUAAUAUAUUAAGAAGCUUUUCUGCGCUGCACUCCGUGCUGAGAGUGAAUGCCUGUUAAUGAUUUGUAAUAUGUGUCACGCUGUUGUGCUAGAAUAGUGAUGAUGACGAUGAUGAUGAUGAUGACGAUGCAGUGAAAUAUGAAAUCUUAAAAAAACGUUCCAUAUGAAAAGAAGUCUUUUGUUUAUGACUAUGAUCUGAGUUUCCUGUUAAUAGUUUGUUGCCAGGUAUCAGCUGACGCAGGUGCCAUUGAUUAAAAAAACGCAAUUUUUUAUCUGCGCCUGAAUAUUGAUAAGAGGAGCCAGGAAGCAGCGGCACCCUCCCUUUCUCUCUCUCUCUCUCUCUCUCUCUGUCGCUCUAUUCCUCUUUCUCUCUUUAAACUCCCCAAAGAUGGGCCCCCCCUAGUGGAUCGGCUGACUAACUACAAAAGCACAAAGAGACUCAAUCAUUUAAAAGGCGCCAUUUUCUUUUUUUUGACUUCCUUUUCAAAACAUUAAGUACUUCUUCUUCUCCCCUUUUGAGUAUGUGUCCUUGUGCUUGUUUGGCAUCCCGGAAUUGUUUCUAUAAAAGCAUCGCUUUUGUUAAAAAAAACAAAAAAUGUUUUUUGUCUGUCUCCUCCAUCAGUUCUGCGCUGUGACAAUGUAUGACUCCAGGGUCGAGGCCUUACCCAACACGUACACACAGAGCAGGACAGGUUUGCCCUUUGGCGCUGAUCUGACAUCAGUGUGUUUUCCCUGUAAAAUGUGUUGGUUUUAUUUUUGGAGGGCCCGCAGUGUUGAUCUCGUGAGGGGGGGUAUCUCCCCUUAACCUGUACGCAGAUUCCUGUCUCACUUCUGUCCAUACCAGACUUGUACAGUAAUCAGUGAACGAGAAGAGAAGUCACAAUGUCCAUAGCAGUUUCAGUUAUUCACAUCUUAGAUUUUAGUAAAGAAGCUUCCUUUAUGAUAAAAAAAAAAAACGAGUAAGAGGUGUGUGGUGUUGUUUUAGCCAUUGUCUGCAAAUGUUUACAUAUCUUUUGCUGCUUUUUUUUUCUUUGGUAUGCGUGGCCGACCGUAGCGCUUCAUUGCUACUGUGUAGUUUUACUAGCGAACAGAUUGAAGGCACCAAAUCUGCAGCGUGAGACAUGAAAAUAAAGCUAUAUAUAAACGUAUACCUAUAAACACUGAGCAAAGCUGUUAGUUUUUCGAAAUCUUUGUUGUUUCUGGGGUUUUUUGAAAUAGUGAUUAGAGUCCUUUUACAUUUUUAGAUCUUAAAAGUUGUGCUGCACACAACUCUAAAGCGGAUUCUUACGACGGCUCGCCCGCUGUGCUGCUUGCCAGCAGGAGCCUUUCCUUUAUUUCUCUCUUUCUCUCUUGAUCCUCCUGAGGCAUUAUUGAACCUGAACCACACCAGCUGAAAAAACAAGGACAGUGCCUUUAGUUUUAUAUGU